UGCUCAAAUGUCAGCUUCAUAGUUUUUCUCUAAUUUGUAUUCUGUGGUCAAGAAUUGUGUUUUGAAUUUCUAAAAAAAAUGCGAAUAUAUAAUUUUCUUUGUAAGAAAGUGGGCGAAUUAACAGUGAAAUAUUCUAAUCUUCCAGAAUCUUACAUCAAAAGAAGCUAUGAACAAGUGUACUGGAGGAAUCCUAAGGGCUAUCCACAAUACCCCGCAGCACAGAUAGCUCGAAAGAAAUUUCGUUUUACUACCAAUAGACCAUGGACUAUGCAGUUUGCGCGUCAGAACGAACGUACUACUUAUAGGAAAAAGGUGUUCCUUGAACCAAUAGGAGACUGGAUGUUUUUCAAAGGUGACCGGGUAGAGAUAUUGGUGGGCAAAGACAAAGGCAAGCAAGGCAUUGUAUCACAAGUCAUACAGGAGAGGAAUUGGGUCUUCGUGGAGGGACUUAAUACACAUUUACGCAUUGUGGGUAAAGACAAACAGUUCCCAGGCAUCACAAUUCAGUCAGAAGCACCCUUGCUUGUAACAACGGGGGUGAAGUUAGUGGACCCUGAGACAUUGAAAGCCACUGAAGUGGAGUGGAGAUAUACAGAGGAAGGAGAAAAGGUGCGGGUGUCUGUCAGCAGUAGUCGCAUCAUCCCGGUCCCCAAGGCGGCGCAGGAGACAGUUGACUACAAAAGCCGGGAGCUGUAUGUUGAGAACGAAGAAAAGGACACCACUGCUGCCGUCGCCAAUAAGAUAACAUACGACCCGAAGCUGUGCACAUUUGAGAUGGACAUCAUGGAAUCUAUGGGAAUCAAAGAGGACCGGGUACCCGCCAAGUCGUACUGGUAUUAACGCUCGUUAUUGUUUGUUUAAUGUCUAGAUUAUAAAAGUUAUUAAUAAAUUGUAUUAGUGUAU